AUGGAGCGGUCGAGCCUGGAUCCUGGCUUUAAACCGAACCCAUACGCGUCUUUAAUCGCAAGCCGUCGGCCAGCUCCAGCUCCCGUUGAUGUCGACUUCACGGUUCGUUUAUCGGUUUGGCAACGAGGUUCUCGUCAGACGAAUUCUCAACUCGCCGACCACAUCAGCUUCGUUCUUCAAGGAAUACACGAGGGAUCAAAAUCCUCGAACCCUUGGACUACCACCACCCUGCCUCGCUCCAUCGAUUCAGCGGGGUCGUGGCCUCAACCAACACAGGUGAAUAUUUCAUGCCGAAGCAUGGAUAUCUUGCCACCGAAAUCGUCCUACCAACAAGAGGAUAGAUGGGAGGACCAUAAGGCUCUCGUUGACUUCUUGUUCCAAUAUUUCCAGGCACAUAUGAGCAACCAAGACUAUGUGAAUUCAAUCUACUCCGACCGCCUGAUCGGCUUCGCUCUCAAUUACCCGGCGAUCCCAAAUGGGGAGACUUCCUACAGCAGACUCGACAUCCAGGAGUUUCACCUCCCAGAAAUCAAAAAAUGGGAGAUGUUCAAGACCAAAAUUGUUCGAACUAAGUUCUACCAUGGACCUCUCCUGACCUUGGAUCGUGUGUCAGAGGUUAUCAGAGCGUACAAUGAAAUUAUACAAAUGAUUCCGAAUGGCAUUUUUCCAAAUUCCAAUGCUAACAUAGGACUGGCUGCCGGAAGAGCAGCAGUUGGGGUCCUACCUGAUCUAAUGGAAAAAAAUUCUUUGUUAAAAGAUCUCGACCGAUCUAGUGUCGAUGAUUUAGUCCGUCAAUACACCCCGCCAGUGAUAAGAUGUAUGGAAGAAGUUUUGGACGCUUUGGAGAACAUGGCUAUGGAUACCAAGUCGAGGGAGCCAUGUCCUCGUCAAACUUGCGACGUGCUUUCAAAGAUAUACCAACUUAAACGAAGGACUCCAGCGCUUACUGGUGUGUUGGCUUUGCUCGUAGAUAAGAAGGCACAACAGAAAUGUAUAUGGGGCACCAUUGCUGUUAGUAGUCUCGUUGUCGGGGGCAUUCUAUUCUAUACCGCUCCUGUGACAGCCCCAGUCGCCGCACUUACUGGGCCAGCUAUGGGCAGCACAGCUGUCGUCAGUACAAGUGUUGGUGCCGUGGUAGCCGAAAAUGCUGCUCUAACAGCCACUAGGGCAGCAUUAUCGUACGGAGUUAGAACUAUGGCCGGUGGUGCAUUCGGAGCCGGAUCUAUGACUUUUAUCAAAUUCCUCGAAGAGUCGAAGUCACAUAACAUUAUGUUAAACUAUCCCUCACGCCCUCUUGAAUUAUCGCCUUUCGACACUGCUUCUGAGUUAAUAUCAAAAUCAUUGUUGCUAAUUAUCGGCUCACAGCUUUAA